AUGGCGCAACUCACCCGUUCACUGACGCUGCUAUGCAGCAUUGUUUUGACGUUGAAUCUCUCCUUGGCCUCUGCCUUUGUUGCACCGAGAUCAUCAUGCCAGAGCCCCAGGAUCAGGAAAGAAUAUGGCUCUCUCUCCACCACGGAGAAGAAAGCUUACAUCUCAGCAGUCAAAUGUUUGCAGAGCAAACCUUCCAAGUUUCCCGCCGGAAUGGUUCCAGGCUCAAAGUCUCGAUAUGACGACUUUGCCGCGGUCCACAUCAACCAGACGACAUCAAUUCAUCUCGACGGCAUCUUCCUCGGCUGGCAUCGCGAAUUCGUCUGGCUUUGGGAGACAGCCCUUAUUCAAGAGUGUGGCUACACCGGCGCACAGCCAUACUGGGAUUGGCCCAAGUGGGCUCACAAUCUCUCCUCAAGCCCCCUGUUUGAUGGCAGCGACACGUCUCUGGGUGGUGAUGGCUAUUAUGACGGCAGCUUUGACUAUUACGUUGUGGGUGUCAAGCCCGAUGGAUCACUGGACACUGUUCCUCGUGGUACAGGGGGCGGCUGUGUCAAGAGCGGCCCCUUCAAGGAUGUCAUGAUCAACCUGGGGCCCUUUGAGUUCACCCUCGUCUUUACCGGGCUGCCCUCCAAUUGGACGGCGUACAAUCCGCACUGUCUGCUGCGCGAUCUCAACCAGUUCUGUUCGGAGAGGACGAAUCAGACCUACGUCGAUGCCGCACUGGCUACUACCACUAUCGCCGAUUUCCAAGAUGCCCUGUCCUCGGCUACUUCACGAUUGGGUGUCCACGGCAAUGGUCAUUUCGCUCUGGGCCAAAGCCUCCAGGACUUCUUCGCCAGUCCCCAGGACCCAGCCUUCUUCCUCCAUCAUGGCCAAAUAGAUCGACUUUGGUACCAAUGGCAAAAGAAAGACUUCCAGGCAAGGACAUAUGGAAAUAAUGCGCUCAAUGGUACGAGUACAAUUUUCGAUCCUCCGACUGCGCCAGAAGUCACGUUUGAUACGACGAUGAACUGGGGGAUUUUGGGAGGAACAAAGUCUUUGGGCGACGUGAUGAGCCCAACCGCAUGUGGCUACUGCUAUCAGUAUCAGUAG